AUGGAGUAUGCUGAUGAUGGGGAUCUAUUUGGGAAAUGCAAUGAAUGCAGAAAAAAUUAAAUUUAUCUCCCGGAAAUUGAGAUUUGGAAAAUAUUUAUUUAACUUGUCAAAGGUCUAUAAUGCCUUCAUUCAAUGAGUAUCAUGCACAGAGAUUUGAAAUCAGCAAAUGUCUUUCUUUGGAAAGAUCUUACUGCUAAAAUAGGGGAUAUGAAUGUUUCAAAACUUGCUAGAAAAGAUGGUCUCAAUUACACAUAAACAGGAACGCCUUUUUACGCUUCUCCAGAAGUAUGGAGAGAUGAGCCUUAUGACUUCAAAAGUGAUAUUUGGUCACUUGGCUGUGUUCUUUACGAAAUGACUGCCCUUAAACCCCCAUUUAGUGCUCCUGAUAUGAAUAACCUAUUUAAAAAAGUUCUUAAAGGAGUUUACCCAAAGAUCCCUUCAACUUAUUCACCUGAUUUAGCUAAACUUAUAAAAUGUUUGCUGAAUGUUUCAGCAUAAUUAAGACCCACAGCAGAUUAAAUUUUAAAGAUGCCAGAAGUUUUAAAGAAAAUUGAAAAGUUAUUCCCAGAGGAAACAAAUAACGAUAAUUGUGUGCUUAUUUAAACUUUAAGAAAUAUGAAGGACAUUAUGAAACUUAAAUAAAGACUGCCGAUGCCACUUAAUGAACCUAGAAGAUCAAUAGUCGAGUCCACAAAUAAUGGUUAAUUAAAUAAUGAUUUAAUGUUUGAAUUGCACAAUAACUCUUCAAUAACGACAACUUAAAAGUAGUCUCGAAAGAAAAUUAAUAAAAUGCUGAGAAAUUAAAGUGAAGUCUUCAUUCCAAUUCAAAAGUAGUAAAUGUUUUUGCCAUUAUUGAACAACUAGCAGGAGAAGGGAGGUAAUAGUAGUAAUAAUUUAUAGGAAAAACUUCUUUAAAAAAUAAGACAAUCAUCAUUAGCUCUUAAUAAACCUGUUGUAAAUAUAGAUUCUCAGAGAAGGCAUCAUAGGCAUUCUUCCUUGAUUGAAAGUCAAAAAAGAGAUAUUAACCAAAGCAGAGAAGAAAAUUUAAUUCUUCAUUAGCCAGUCGAAAACCUUAACUUAAAAAGUAAUUUUAAUAAGAGUCUAGAGAGAGCUCGAAGUGAAUAAAAGUUCAUUCGAGUUUAGUCUCAGAAUUUACCUGAAAUUGUUAGCAAAAAGCCUAUAAUACAUGCUCAUAGUCCAAAUAAACCUAUAGAUGUCAAGUAAACUAUUGAGAGCGACUAAUCAAGGUCAUUAAAUCAAUCAACAUCGAUAAAAAGACCAACUUAUCUGUAAUCUAAAGAAACUAUUAAGGUAAAUUUAAGCUUAAAUACUAGUAUUAAUGGAGCCUCUUAACAGUAAAAUAAUCUAGAUUUUCAAAGAUAAAAUUCUAUGGAUAGUAUUAACACUGAAUCUCCUAUGAGAUAAUCUAAUAUAUCUAACAAGUAGUUCAAUAUAAAUCUGCCUAAACCAGUUAGGAUUAUUAAGAAACAUCCUUUACUUCCGCAAACUCCAAUUGAAGAAGAAAUAAACAAUACAUCAAUUAUAAAUAUUCCAAAAAUUUCAAGCCAAAAAUAACUCUAACUAAAUCAGAGUAGUUCUUGA